AUGUUUCGUUGGUUAAUUCCAUUUCGACGUAAUUCGCGAGAUGCACUCAGAGAAUUAGAUUCACUACAGAAAUUAAGGAAGUACCCAAUACUUCUUGGUUGUUUAUCUUCCGGAAUUUUAUAUCAUAAUUACGUAUCUCAAAGUCGACCUAGUAGUAUCACCUUAAUUGAAAAUAAGCAUAUACAAAAGGCAACUGUACAUCCCAUUUUUGAAGACCUUAUCCUCUUAUUCAGUGAUGAUAAAAACUACGCGUCUAAUAAACCUCCUAAUGAAGCAAAAAUGGAUCGAUUAGUGAAGUUAAAUCAAGAAAUAGAGGAUGAAUUGCCACUUUUCUUUGAAAAAGGCUUUUUCGAUGAAGUCCCAAAAAAUUUACUUGAUCCUGAUACUGUUGUGUAUUAUCAGAGAAAAAAUGGUUCAGUCCAUCAACUAAAAGGAAGAUCAUGGAUUCGUACUCUAGUGGUAGCUAGUCGAGCCUAUUUUUCUGCACGUUCCUAUGAUCGUCGACUUGAACUAACCAGUAUCCUGUCUGAUACAGAGAAAUGGGAAGUUGAAGUUUGUUUUCGUAUAGUCCUUUUACCUGCUCCGUCUAAAGAAGAAUCUAGUCUACCGCCAGAGAAAUUAAUCGAAAGAUUAGAACAACGGGCUCAAUGGCAUAAUUUUAGAGCUACCUUUCAUUUGUCAGAUUCUGGUAAAAUCAAUGCUAUUAGACUUACUCAGAGUAAACGUAUUCACAAUUAUCAAGAAAGAUACAAUAUCAUUUCAUAUUUUGGCUAUUAUCGAUAA